AUGUUUUCAAUUUUCAAUAAAUUAAAAAACGUCAAUAACAGUGAUUCGAAUAUAACUUCUAACCUAGAACAGCAAAGUGAGCAAGAUUUUGAUGACAGUUUCACUAAUACAAUCCAGGAAACUGAAAAAAUUGUUUCAUUUCCAGUCGAUUUAGGAGAUUUGAAUACCGGACCUAAGCAGCCUGUAUUACAAGAAUAUCCAUUAACAAGAUUUGGAUCUCAAAACAGAUCGUUUUCUAGUAAAUAUUAUUCAGAAUACGAUUGGCUAGAAUAUAGUAUAAGUAAGGACUUAGCAUUUUGUUUUUGUUGUCGACAUUUUGGCUUGGGAAAUAAUUGUCAAGACACUUUCACAGAGAAAGGCUUUCAAAAUUGGAGAAAAAUAAAUGAAAAAUUGAAAUUACAUUCUACCCGAAAAUACCAUAUUGUAAGUAAAUCAAAAUUUGAAGGCUAUAAAAGUUCAAAAUUACAAGGAUCAGUUGUAAGUCAGUUAUCAGAAGGAUAUAAAAAACUAAUUCAAGAAAAUCGUUACUACUUUUCUCAACUGAUUGAAAUUUUACUGUAUUUGAGUGGGCAAGGUAUGGCUUUUAGAGGUCACUCUGAAGAAGAAAAUGCCUUGAAUCAAGGUAACUUUAAAGAAGCAUGCAAAUUAUUUGCAAAGUUUGAUCAAACAUUUUCAAAUAAAUACAAUAAUUGUACUACAAACUAUUCCAGUUGGCUUAUACAAAAUCAACUCUUAAGUACCUGUGCUGAAAAUGUCAGAGAGAAUAUUAUUUUGGAUGUACAAACAAAUGGGUUUUUUGCAUUGAUGUGUGACGAAGCUAGGAGUUUUAAAGGCCAACAGAUGUCUGUAUGUGUUAGAUACACUGUAGGACUAGAAACUCAUGAACGGUUCUUGGGAUUUUUGGAAGUCUCUAGAGGGCAUAAUGCUGAUUUUCUGGCUACCGAAAUUUUGAAAUUUUUAGAUAAAUCUGGAUUAAGUCACUUAAAUAUAAUUGCUCAAUCGCAUGAUGGAGCGGCUGUUAUGUCAGGUCAUUUAGGGGGUGUUCAGGCAAAAAUUAAAGAAAAAUACCCCACAGCGAUUUUUACUCAUUGUAUGGCACACCGAUUGAACUUGGUUGUGGUUGACAUGUGCAAAUAUAUAACGAGUGCAAGGAGUUUAUUUAAUGCUUUGAUAUUGGCUUCUGCUGUAGAUAACUUUUUCUUGAUGAAUUUUGAUGAAAGUCAACCAUUUAUUAACGAUUUCAAAGGUUUAUUUAAUAUUGAAACUGAAUCACUCAAAGCAGAAAUGAUGGUUGCGAAAAAUUGUUUAAAACAGAUAAACAAAGAUUUUGAUUUGAUACACUUAAAAAGUAUAAUAGAAAAAAUUGUAUAUCCAAAUGUAUACAAGUUAUUACAAGUGGCACUCACACUACCAAUUAGUUCUGCAACAUGCGAACGAUCAUUUUCUGCUUUACGCAAGAUAAAGUCGUGGCUUAGAGUUUCAAUGGGCCAGGACAGAUUAACGGAUUUGUCAAUUCUAUAUAUAGAAAAAGAUUUGACAAAAUUAAUUAAUGUUAAUAAAGUUAUUGACUCAUUUGCAGAAAAAGACAGACGUAUAAAUCUUGUAUAA